CACUUGGACUGACCACCACAGAUCUACCACCCGUGCAUCGCUCCCUAUUCCUUCUUUCUGUCUAACUUCAGGUGUUUUUGCAGAUGAAUGGACUUUUUGAAGGUUGUCUCAUAUAGGAAGCUAUUUAAUUGAAGCAGCAGGUUAAACAAGGUGUCUUCAGGUUAAAGUGGAGCCAUGGAGAAUCCCUCCUCAGGUCAAAUGGUCAUCAACAACCCAGCAGACAUCUCCGUCAUUGUCGGGUAUUUCCUCGUGGUGAUCAGUGUCGGCAUCUGGGCCAUGUUUCGCACCAACCGUGGGACAGUCGGAGGAUAUUUCCUGGCAGGACGCACCAUGACCUGGUGGCCAGUUGGAGCCUCUCUGUUUGCCAGCAACAUUGGCAGCGGUCACUUUGUGGGUUUGGCCGGCACCGGGGCAGCGAGCGGCAUCGCAGUGGGGGGGUUUGAGUGGAACGCUCUGUUCAUCGUGCUGCUGCUGGGGUGGUUGUUCGUACCCGUCUACCUCACAGCGGGGGUGGUGACGAUGCCGCAGUACCUGAAGAAGAGAUUUGGAGGCAGCAGAAUCAGCCUCUACCUGUCCGUCAUCUCCCUGUUCCUCUACAUCUUCACCAAGAUAUCCGUGGACAUGUUUUCAGGAGCCGUGUUCAUCCAGCAAGCGUUGGGCUGGAACAUCUACGUGUCCGUCAUCAGCCUGCUCUUAAUCACAGCCCUGUACACCGUCACAGGUGGCCUGGCUGCUCUGAUGUACACUGACACCGUUCAGACCUUCGUCAUCAUCGCCGGAGCCUUCGUCCUCACCGGCUACUCUUUUGCUGAAGUAGGAGGCUACAGCGCUCUGCUGGAGAAAUACAGCUCUGCUACACCCAGUAACUUCUCCUCCAUGGACCCCCAGCGCUACAACAUCUCCCCCCAGUGCUACACCCCCCGACCGGACGCCUUCAGCCUGCUGAGGGACCCCACCACCGGGGACCUGCCCUGGCCCGGAGUGCUGUUUGGGAUUGCUAUAGUGGGAAGCUGGUACUGGUGCACGGACCAGGUGAUCGUGCAGCGCUGCCUUGCGGCUCGCAGUCUGACCCAUGUGAAGGCCGGCUGCAUCAUGUGUGGAUACCUGAAGCUGCUGCCCAUGUUCCUCAUGGUGUUCCCCGGCAUGAUCAGCAGGGUCCUCUACCCAGAUGAGGUUGGCUGUGUUGUCCCUGAGGUGUGUAAGAGGGUGUGUGGGACUGAGGUGGGCUGCUCCAACAUCGCCUAUCCUAAACUGGUGGUGACGGUCAUGCCAAAUGGAUUGCGAGGUCUGAUGCUGGCUGUGAUGCUGGCGGCUCUCAUGUCCUCUCUGGCCUCCAUCUUUAACAGCAGCAGUACUCUGUUCACGCUGGACAUCUGGACCCGCAUCAGACCGCAGGCCGCCGAGCGAGAGCUGCUGAUCGUGGGCAGGGUCUGGGUGCUGUGCAUCGUAGCCGUCAGUAUCUGCUGGAUCCCGGUGGUGCAGGCAGCUCAGAGCGGUCAGCUGUUUGACUACAUCCAGUCCGUCUCCAGCUACCUGGCUCCACCUAUCGCCUCCGUCUUCCUGCUAGCCGUGUUUGUGAAGAGGGUCAAUGAGAAGGGUGCGUUCUGGGGCCUGAUGGGCGGCCUGCUGAUGGGUCUCUGUCGGAUGUUGCCUGAGUUCUGGUUCGGGUCUGGCAGCUGUAUUUUCCCCUCUAGCUGCCCCUUCUUGGUGUGUGGGAUCCAUUACCUGCACUUUGCCAUCAUACUGUUCUUCUGCACCUCGGUGCUGGUGCUGCUGGUCAGCCUCUGCACACCGCCCAUCGAGGAGCAGCAUCUCCAUCGUCUGGUGUUCAGCCUGCGUCACUCCAAAGAGGAGAGGAAGGAUUUGGACUGGGAGCAACAGGAGGAGGGGAGGAGAGCCCGGAGAGAGGCAGAGGAGAGGGAGAGGGAGAAGAGUGAGGAAGAAGCUGCAGGGGGAGAAAAGUCUUGUUGUCACUUCAGUAGUGGGCGAGGCUCCCGGGCCCCUGAGGAGGACCAGCCUGAGGCCCCAGAGAUGCUUCCGGACAUCAGCGAGGCCCCGGUGUGGAAGUACACUGUGGAUGCUAACGCGCUCAUUAUGAUGGCUGUCGCAGUGUUUAUGUGGGGCUACUACGCCUAGCAGUCCUAGUGUUCGUUUGAUGGGAUGGGAAUACAGCACUUUGCCCCCUGGUGGUUAUUACAUGUCACUGCACAAAUCACAGAGAUGUCACAAGUUGAAAUAAAUUAAAUAAAACACAUGGAAGUACAACAGUCUCAUUUCUCUGUUUAGCACAAUGGGUUUGUGUACCUUUGUAAGUGCUGAAAAGUACUUUUUACUCCCACAUUUCUCUAACAACUGCAUCUAAUAAGUAGUAUUUUUAAUUAUAGUUUGAGCUACCCAGCAAGAGAUCAAGCCCCUUUCUAUCCUUAGAGAGGAACACAGUAAUGAUAUCCCUCUACCAUCAAAUACAUUAUACUAAAA